UAUAGGAACUGUUUUUUCUUUUAUAAUUAUUUGACAUGUUCUACAUCCUGUGGCAUGUUUGUCUAUAACGAUUUAUGGAACAAAUAAAAAAGUGAAAGUGAAAGUGAAACAUCUACAGCAAGAAGAGCAUAUAUUGUUUCAUGUGUGGUGUUGGACAGCCAUGACUGAUGGAAGAUGUGAUGCCUUUACAGAACUGUACAAAUUCAGACAAGGUUUUAGUUGCUCCCUGUGGUGAGACAUACCCAGCAAGUCAUGAUGCAAGCCAGGCCAUGAAUAUAAAAGCUGAGACAGUCUCAGAUGCAAAAGAGGAAGUGGAUCCAGUGCGAAUAACAUUUCAGGAGAUAAAGGCUGAACCUGAGGUUUCAAGGUUACAAAAGUUUCUGCAUUCUCUUGCAACAGGAGUGGCAAGAAUUGUACUGCAGAGAGCUGAAGAAAAGUUUCCUGCUGUAAGCAAAAGAAUUGUGAGUGUUUCAUGCUUGUGUGCACAGACAUGAAUUUUAUUGUAUUUCAGUUCUCUUGGCCAAAGCAACUAAAUAUUUUGUCACCUGCUUCUGUUUGUUCGCAU